ACAGUAGCAUUUAAAAUAUACUACUCUUGUUUGACCUGUGAAAUAACAUCGAUUAGAUGUAAUUCUUGUUAAGUUAAUUCAUAUCGAACUUACAAUGCUUUUUUAUAAUCUUGCCUUUGUAAUGAUCAUUAUUAUGACUCUGGAAAUGUUAUUUGUCAAGAAUGUCAUUAUUCUUGUCUACAAUGUAAUACUUUAGGGGCUGAUUAAUGUAUAAGUUGCUAACCAUAAGCAGCAUCAUUUAGAAUAUUGAAUGGGAAAGUCUGCGAAUGCCUCCUUGGAUAUUAUGAUGAUGGAUUUACUCCAAAUUGUUAAAAAUGCUUUUAUAAAUGUUUAAGCUGCAUUACUUCAUAAACUUAAUGCACAUCUUGUGUAUAAACAAGGCAAUUAUAUCAAAAUCAAUGCCUAUGUGAUCCUGGUUAUUAUGAUAGUGGUUUGAGUAAUUGUAGCAAAUGUGAUUCUAAUUGUUACAAUUGUAAUUUCAAUUCGAAAUUUUGUACAGCGUGUGAUUUGAGUAUCUUAAGAAUUUUGAACACUUAUGAUAAUACUUGCUAUUGUUAACCAGGCACAACCGAAAUAGAUGGAUAAUGCUAAUACUGUGAUGGAACCUAUUUGUCAAACUUAGAUGAUAAAUGUAAUACUUGUAAUUCUACUUGUGAAACUUGUGAUGGGCUAGAUACAUUUUGCUUGAGUUGUUCUUAAGAUAAAAAUAGAAUUCUAAACAAAUCAAAUCACACUUGUAUUUGUAUAGAUGGAUAUUAUGAAGAUAUAGUAAACAACUCUUGUUUGUAAUGCGAUCAAACAUGCUUAACUUGUUUUGGAAAAUCUUCAAAUUGCACACAAUGUGAUUCAAGUCUGAACUUAACACUGAAUUAGUAAAAUUUAUGCAUUUGCAAAUCAGGUUCUUUUUUUAAUCUCGUUGCCUAAUAAUGUUAAGUUUGCCACUAUAGUUGCACUGAAUGCUAAACUUAAACUUAAUGUAUAGCUUGUGAAUUAGUAACUAGAUAUUUUGAUAGUGAUACAUCAUAAUGCAUUUGCAAGGAUGGCUUUUACGAAGCAAAUCAAAAUUCAUGUUUAAGUAAUAAUUAUGAAAACAUGUUAAAUUUAAUCAAGUAAAUGUUUAACUUGUGA